GUUCCCAUCCUAUACAGAUCAUUCGUGGCCCGCUUUUGGCUGGAGUACCUAAACGGUGAGCAGAAACUUGUUCCUGCUUUGCUGGCAAACAACCACACAGCUCUGGAUCAGGGUCAGGAGAUAGCAGCGGCCAAAGCCAAGACUGACUGGACCAAGCUUCUUCCGGUGGCCUUCCAGAAGAGCUAUAAACCUAUGUUUCCGCUUCAAGGUGACUCAAAGCUGCUGGAGAAGCUGCCAGGCCUGCUGGAUGUGAGAGCGGUGCCUUUACUUGCUGAUAUGAAAGUGCUGAAGGCCGUGCCGCCCGCUUACAUCAUGACCUGUGAGCAUGACGUGCUGAGAGACGACGGACUCAUGUACGCCACGCGACUGGAGGAGGCCGGAGUGGACGUCACUGUUGAUCACUAUGAAGAUGGUUUCCAUGGAUGCCUCAGUUUCGCUUUUGGACCCUUUCGGUUUUCUGUUGGAAGACGAAGUCUUGGGAACUACAUCCAUUGGCUGAAAGAGAACCUCUAAAGACUCAUAUAGGCUGGGUUUAUGUUAAAUAUAUUUUAAUUUUAAAUUAGAUUUUUAAAUUUAACAUACAGUCCAAUAUGAAAAGGCUUCAAAGUUAUUGCUACAAAAUCUGAACAAACAUGCUGUUUUAAUACAGGGAAUUUAUGAUAAAAUUUUAUUUAAAGCUGCAGUCCGUAACUUU